CAGCCCGGUCCCACCAACAGGAGCGAAGCUUUCUGUUCCUCUCCCGGAGACACGUUCAUCCACUCCUUCACCCCCUAUACCCCGUAUAACCCAUAUGCCCCGUCGCAUCGCGCGAAUCCCACUCGACCCUGCCUCUGGCCUUCAUCCGCUCCUUCUGCUGCUGUUGCUGCUUUCCUUGCUGUCGCACCCCCAUCUGUCCUUUUCGUCGCUCGCCAGGCACCCCUCACGAGGAAUGAACAGUCCCGCCACUCGAGUUCACGACUAUCGGUAACUAGAGCACUCUCUGCCGCCGCCGCCGCAAUGGACGAUAUGGACAUUCCAGACGAGUCGAUGCGGCAUAUCGAGGCCUUGCUGGCAAGACAUCGUCCAGAGAUGAUCCAGCGCAUGUUCCAACAGGCCUUGGACAGCCGUCGUAGCUCCGUCGCAUCCUCCCAUGCUUCCUCCACCGUGUCGCUCGCCUCUUUUGGCGGUUCGUCGUACCGAUCUUCGACCGCCGCGUCGUUUCGCACCUCCACGACUGGAUCCUACCAUUCCCGCAUGUCGGUUGCCUCGAAUAUGUCCACCUCCACCCUGUCCACCAUGAACAGCGACAUGGCGCCGUCUAUCGCUUCCUCGACAUCCUCGAUUUCAUCGCGCUCCAGGGCACCAUCGAGGCGUACGGAGCCGCGGUCUUACCCAACCUCGCUGGAUCCCACCCGACCAGUGCCGUCGGCAACGCCGACUUCUGAAAUGGAAAGUCCUCUGGAAACUAAGCCCGAUCCUGGAUUUACGCCUACGGACGAAACCAUGAGCAUUGCCUCGUUCCCAACAGACAGGGGCGCGAGUCAAUCGGGAGAAUCAUCUUACAUGUUUUGCACCUACUGCGCCGAGGGCAAAACGAUGAAAACGUUCAAGGCCAAGUCGGACUGGAAGAAGCACGAGAUGCGAAUGCAUGAAACUGGCGAGGAUUGGCCAUGUAUUGUCAACGGGUGUAAUCGAAUAUUCGACCGCCAGAAAGAUUUUCUCAAGCACCACCAGCGCUACCACUCUGGACGCCCGCUUCCCUCGCUAACGGAUAUCGGUAUACAGCUGCUCCCUAGAAGGGUCUUUGGCUGCGGGUUCGAUAAGUGCAAAGAAGUCAGCAUCGGCUGGGACGAGCGAUGCGAUCACGUAGCAAAGCACAUGAAAAAUGGAGCAACCUUCGACCAGUGGAAGUAUUCUAAUGUCAUCCGCAACCUAAUUCGUCAAGAGUCGCUGCACGAUACCUGGAAGGAUAUCGUGUGCUGCUUGGACGAGCGUCUACGAGAGAGCCGGUCGCAAAUCAGUUGGUGUCCAGACAACACCCGCGUGUUGCGCCAGAAAUUGCAGUGUUGCGACUUGAGGCCAAGCCGAGAGGAAGUGCUCAUUACAACACUUAGCCUCCGUUCUGACAUUACACUCGACCCGGUUCACCAGCAACUCCCUAUGGGUUUCGUUGUUCCCAGUCGCGACUCGGUGCCCAACGUGGAUAAAUUAUCUCGGGAACAGCGUAUGCAUAUCUUGAUAGGCAAUGCGAACGCCUCCAUCUCGCGAACCAGGCUGGCUGCGGUAAAUGCUGCCCUUCUUGGGGCCUGCAGCGGCAUGUCCGACUUUGUCGGCAACUUCGAACCCAAUACCCCUAAUGGAUUCGAGGAGAGUCCUACGGCGGUGGAUACCACUGGCCGUCGCAUUAGCUACAUGGAUUUGGACACGGCCGAUAACUUCAUGGACAUGAACCAGCAUUCCGCCCCUCUUCCACCGCCGCCUUCUCAUCCACAACCACCCGUGCCUGUGCCGGUUCCCGAACUGCAGGUCUCUCACGCUGGCACGCCUACCCCAAUGGAUAGCGAUCAGCCGCAAACACCUGCCUUUGUUGAUCCGACCAAGCCAUCGAAUCCGCUCGACUGGUGCUAUCCUAAUUAUUUCGACGCGGCUCCUUCUUUUGAGGAAUCGCAGUACUACGACAGGCCAUCCAUCGGCCGCAUGUUCUCCAAACCUUUACAACGAAUCGGGAGUCGUCUGGGCAGACAUGGCACUACUAGCAAUCGCCCGACUUCUCAAACCGAGCAACAGUCACCUCAGGUCGUGACUUCGAAUGAGAUGAACGCUGAUUUCGCGAUGCCGAAUCAGAUGCACCAAAACAUGAAUCGUCAGUUUACGCCUCACACGCCUCACCCGUUACAUCCCCAAGCACAACAGUUCAAUCAUGUGGAGCAUCAUCAACAACAACAACAACCACAGCAGCAACCACAACCACAACAUCACCCACACCCACAACAGCAACAACAGCACCACCACGCCAACCAGCAACCGCUCCAUCUCUUUACGUCUCAUAACUAG